UCGGCCGCGCGCGCGUUUUAUACGUGCCCGAUGUAAACGAUGUCAGUCGUAAUCCCAGAUGGUCGCGCGAGUGCUCGGGAUAUGACGUGUGCCACAUCUGCAACAUUGCGUGUAAUUGCGCUUACGGGAGUUUCGUUCCCCAUUGUAUCUUUUUGUUGAUCGAUAGAGCGCGGAAAUACCAGAUGCACGUUGAAUGCAGGAUUGUGUAACAACAUCUCUGUAAUUAAUAAAUUCUUUGUUAAACCGCAAUCUUUGGAGGUUAAAGAUAUUUUAAUUUUUGAAUUAUGUAAUUUAAAAAGUGACUUAUAAUGUGGGCCGAGAAAGAUCAAAUUAAACGUAAAAAGAAUAUUGCUGUUACACAAGCAUGGAUGUCGAAGGAUUCGCAGAGAUCAUCGACGAAAUACCGGAGUUUUAAAAUUAUAUUAGAAUAUCUAAAGUUAUACUGUCAGUAUUCCAGUUUAAGUAGUUUAAAGUAUCUCGCCGAUUCUCAAAAGACAUGGUUUGAAAGAAUUCUGUGGGUCAUAAUACAUUGCGCAAUUAUAUCUGGUCUGAUAUUUAUGGUUUAUAUUUCCUACAAAGAAUUUGUGACGUCACCUUUACUAACUUCCAUGGACUCGGAUAGUUAUAGUACGAUUGAAUUAAACUUUCCAGCAAUCGCCAUCUGUCCCGUUAAUAGGAUAAGUCGGCGAUCCGCGAUGGAAUUGGCAACUGACAUCUUCAACGCAAACGUCACUGAUCUGUCAAUUAAUGAGAUCAUGAGGUUGCUCAAGCAAUUAGGCAAUAAUUACCCUUCCAAUUUCAUCAUGGAGAGAAAUCGUGAUAUAGAGGUCGAUCAACUUUUAACGAAGUAUUACAAAGGGUUUUACGACAUUACCAAAAUAAUGAAAAAUCUGUCGCCGCUGUGCAUGGCGAUGCUGCUGAAGUGUAAGCUGCACGGCACCUACCGACCCUGCACGACGCUUUUCGAGUUUCGCAAGACGCAGGACGGAUUCUGUUGCACCUUUAAUUACAUACGUGAACCGGACGACAUUCCCACAAUGAGAGAUGUGAUUAAAGAGCCACUCGGUAAAGUACAUAAAGUAGAUGAUCUCGGAAUAGAACACGGUCUAACAGUCUUGCUGGAUCCAUUUUUGGAUGAUUAUUUCUACUCCAUACUACCUGUUAAAGGUUGGAAGAUUAUCGUGUUUCAUCCUGCCGAUUAUCCGGACGUAUCCAGCGGUGGCGUCACGGAAGUACUCGCGAUGCCACGCACCGAGACGUAUAUCGAUGUGAGCGCAACGACUUUCUUCAGCACGGAAAUUGUCCAGGCUUAUCCCGUGAAUCAACGCAAUUGCAUUUUCUCGGAAGAAAUACGCACUACGCAUAGUGACACAAUCUAUACUUACAGUGACUGUAUCGUCGACUGCAAGAUUUACGACGUGAUAAAGUGUUGCAAUUGUCGACCGUUCUUCUAUCCACGUCGUGGCGAGAAAGAAUAUUCGCAGCGUAUUUGUACCAACGCAGACUUAGCUUGCUUGUCUAAAUAUAAGUCUAAAUGGUUCACCGUUUUUCCUCACGAGGAUAAUCAAGAGAUUGUUUCAAACAGCGAAUGGGCUUUGCAUUGUGACAAUUGCUAUCCUACUUGCGAUGAUACUGGUUAUGAUGUGUUAAGUUCAAAGAGUCAUAUGUCCAUCGGUGAAUACAGAACUGAUUUAUUAUCGAACUUCAAUGUCACAGAUCAGGGAAUAUUGCACAUUUUCUUCUCGAAAUACGGCUCAAUUAGGUUGAAGCAAGACGUGGCUUAUUAUUGGUACGACCUUCUGAGCGAUAUCGGCGGUAUAUGUGGUGUCUUCAUCGGCUUCAGUCUCAUCAGCAUCGUGGAAGUGCUGUAUUUCCUCGUUCUCGCGCUCCUCGAUUUAUUCUGCGGAAAAUCAACCUUGCGGGAAGACGACGAUCGCGAAAAGGAGACUAAAUCAAUCCCUACUCAGACUGUACAGACAAUUUAUUGGAACGAGUUGUUACCACGAUCUUGGCAAUCGAUAAAAUUUCCUAACAACGAUCAGUUAUUUAACAACAAAGCUAGAUAAUGAUACAGCAGGCGAGCUACCAUGAAAUUAUUUGAGGAAGUUUCCCAUCGUAACGAUUCUGUCUUUCGUCAGUUGUACAAUCGUAAACGUUCGGAUAAUACUCGAAGCGAUCGGAUAAUUUCUAACGCUUUGCGAGCAAGCGGAAAAUCAGUUCCAAUCGGGACAAAGCCUUGGGCGAAAAAGAUUGAGGAAGACCAUUGUUGUUUGUUUCGUCGCGUGACAACGAUAAGUCAGUUUCAAAGAAGAGUCACGAUUGAGCUUGAGAGACACAGACAGGAUCGUGAUUGAAAACUCGCUAGUCGGAAACGACUUGCGAUGGAAAUCGUCAAUAAUUCCAUGAUAGCUCCCGUGAUUAUGACAACUGAUUCGCUGAAGAAAUUGUAAUUUUUUAACAAUUGUAUUAUCGUGUUAAUCUUGUAUUAAUGUCAUUAAUCCUGUGAUAAAAUUCUGUAUUAAUAUAAAUAAUUAUUAUUAAGAACAAAGAGCAGUUUUAUGCACUAACUAAUGAAUAUUUUGAUGGAAUUUUAAGUUCUCUAUGAAAAUAAUUCCAGAAAGCGUGCUGUACCA